AUGUCAGGCCCAACAGAGAGUGUACAAAAUAUACAUGAUGAAAGGCAGGGAGGAUCAACAAACAGCCAUAGGUUGACACUUGCACCCCAAAAGCGAAAUAUAGGGGAUGGAAGGGAGAGCUUUGUCAUUCGUAAAGUGCCGAGAACGAACCAGGCUUCGGAGAAGAUACCUGGUAACCAUGGUAACGGGAAGGCAUCACACGAGUACGAUGCUGCGUUCUCCAUUGAGAAGAUUUUGUCCCCACAUUCUCAUCGUGAGGAUGCAGAACAUACCUCUGUUAGGCCUACUGGAGGCGUUGAAAUAACCAAGAAGACCUGCAGAUCGCCAUCGCCUCCAUCUCAAGAUAGGAAGAAAUUGAAGAGGAAUUUCUCAGAUAAGUCUGAUGGGGAGGAGAGAGCAGCAGUGGAGAAUGGCGGCGUUUCAAUGCCCGCUGAUAAGUGGCAUAAUACGUUGUUAUGGCAACAACAUCAGCAACAGUUACUAUACCAGCAACAACUUGCGACGGCCUCUGCCUUCUACCACCAUCACGACACGCAACCUUUUCAGCAACACUUCGUCGACCCAACCCAUCAUCAUCAUCAAUCACAUAUUGGACCAGUACCGGUUCCAUUACCACGGGCCGGUGUUCCUCCAUCCCUCUGCCCCGGGAUGCCGGGGAAGGUGCACCCCUUCAACUGCCAUUGUGCUGAAGAACAGAUGAGCCAGCAACCGUAUUUCUUAUUAACACCAGCCGGUUACAGCAUACCGUCUCCAUUCGAACCCGACCAUCACCACUACUCCUCCAUGCGGUACUGCCGACGUCGUAAAGCCCGAACCGUGUUCAACGAGUACCAGAUCCGGGGUCUCGAAGCCCGCUUCGUUCACCAGCAAUAUCUUUCUACCCAAGAGCGAGUCGAGCUGGCCAAUGUGCUAUUUCUUACCGAAGGACAGGUGAAGACGUGGUUUCAGAACAGGAGGAUGAAACAGAAGAAACUCACUCGAGAUUCUGUACAUCCGUUCGACGCUGACGCUGACGACGAAGACGAUGGCAAACUCGAAUUUGACGAGGAAGAUGAAGUUGAUGACGAUUUGGACGACGAGGAUCUUAAAAAAACGUCACGGAGUGAUGAUACCAAGGACAAAUAAAAAUUCAAAAUAUAAACUGAAUCGACUUAAUUGUCAGACAUUGAUGAUUUAAGCUCUAUGGCCUUGUCACAUUGAAGUGUACAGUGGAAAGAUACGAACUUUACGUCAAUUAAAUUAAUGUCAUCUAUGUUU